AUGCGCCGCGCCCAGGUGGACCGCUCGACCAGCGAGACCAGGAUUUCCGCCGCCGUGAACCUCGACGGCACCGGAAUCUACAACGUCUCGACCGGCCUCGGCUUUCUCGAUCACAUGAUCGAGCAGCUCUCGCGCCACAGCCUGAUCGACAUCGAGCUGUCGGUGGAGGGCGACCUGCACAUCGACGGCCACCACACCACCGAGGACUCCGGCAUCGCGCUGGGCCAGGCCGUGGCGCGCGCCCUGGGCGAGCGCACCGGCAUCACCCGCUACGCCGACGCGCUGAUCCCGAUGGACGAGACCCUGACCCGGGUGGCGCUGGACAUCUCCAACCGCCCCUACUUGAUCUGGAAGGUGGAGUUCACGCGCGACAAGCUCGGCGAGAUGGACACCGAGCUGUUCCGCGAGUGGUUCCAGGCCUUCGCCUUCAACGCCGGGCUGACCCUGCACGUCGAGACGCUCUACGGCCUCAACAACCACCACAUCGUGGAGUCCUGCUACAAGGGCCUGGCGCGGGCGCUGCGCAAGGCGCUCGAGAUCGACCCGCGCAAGGCCGACCAGGUGCCCUCGACCAAGGGCACGCUCUGA